AUGGCGCGACAACAAACCUCUGUCGAAAUCAAAUCCGACAUUGAGGCUCAGUACUCUACUUUUGCCCCAAUUCCUGAUUCCAGCGCACCUAUCGAGAAGCUUGAAGAGAAAACGAUCCCCGAGGGAGAUGCGCCUGCUCCUGCCGUCCCUGCAACAGCUGGCGACUCGACAGCUCCCGACGGCGGCUAUGGAUGGGUUAUCGUAGCCUGUUAUGCAUGCUGCAACGCCGGAACUUGGGGUGUCAACACUACCUAUGGUGUUUAUUCUUCAUACUACUUGGCCAACAACUACUUCUCAGGCGGAUCCACUUUGAGAUAUGCCUGGGUCGGGGGUCUCUCUGUGGCCGUCGCUUUGACUAUGGGACCCGUGUCCAACUAUCUUACAACCAAGUUUGGUUUUAGGAUUCCUUAUGCUCUCGGAGCUUUAUGCGUCGUUCUCGGACAAUGUAUGGCAGGUAUCUGCACGAGCUUCGGUACCUUCCUCGUCUGUCAAGGUGUCAUCUUCGGUCUCGGCUUGGGUCUUACAAUGAUUCCCGUCCAACCGCUCAUGGCUCACUGGUUCCACCGCCGCCUCGCCCUCACCCAAGGUAUCGCCGCCUGUGGCUCUGGUGCCGGUGGUCUUCUCAUGGCCAACACCACCCGUGUCAUCAUCGAGAAGUUUUCUGUCAAAUGGGCUUUGAUCGUCAACGGUCUCAUAUCCGCAGCGUUGCUUACGCCGGGGCUGUUCUUGUUCAAGGGGCGACAUAAGCAGAUGAAGGCGAGGCAGGCGCCUUUGGAGUUUAAAUGGCUGUGGCAUCAGGGAUUCGUGUGGGUGUGGCUAUGGGGCGCUUUCACUAUCAUGUCCUACUUUAUCGCCAUCUACUCCCUUGCCUCCUUCGCUACCCACGCCAUCGGCCUAUCCCAAACCCAAGGCGCAGCCCUCCAAUCCAUCCUCUCCGCCGGUCAAAUGAUCGGUCGACCCCUCUGGGGCUAUUUCCUCGACACGGGCGGCCGCGUCAAUCUCUCCAUCAUCUGCUACAUCAUCUGCGGCUUGUCGACUCUGUGUAUCUGGCUACCCUCGAAGAAUUUUGGAUUGCUGAUCUUUUAUGCUCUGGUGCAGGGUAUGACGGGUGGUACUAUCUGGUCUGCCGCGACCCCUGUUGCAGCCAAGGUCGUCGGCGUUCAACAUCUUGCGAGUGCGCUCAGCAUGUUCUGGCUAUCCCUCGUCAUCCCCGCCUUGGUCGGUCAACCAAUUGCUAUCGCUCUUUUGAACUACUCUACCGAUCACCUGCACCGCACAGGUCCGGAAAGUUAUUACAUUUCGAUAGGGCUCUGUGGAGGAAUGAGUAUCGUCUCUGCGUUGCUGCUUUAUGGGUCAAAGAGAUGGUUGCAGGGGAGUUGGAAACUGUUUCAGAAGACAUAG